AUGUUCUUCAGUGACUGGUGCAGGGACAAUUGGUUCCCUCAACCUCCCCCAGCAGUCUUCGCCAAACCUCCUCUCAUCUUGCGUCCUGUAAUGAAUCCAUUACAAACCAUUUCCUCCGUCUCCCGUCAUUGCUGCUUCGACGAUGCAUUGGUGCUUCUGGAAUACAACAGUCCACACGUGAAAGGUGUCGUGAGUCCCAAGGUACUCAAACCCAGGAAGGAGGAUGACAAGCCCGUCUUCUAUGUCUCAGGAACAAAUGGGACUGACCUAGUUGUCGGCUUUUGUGAGGACCAGGGUUGGAGGCGAAUCAGUGAUAAUACCCGAUGUGACUACUUUUUAAAAUGGAGUGAAAUUAAUGUGGCGGCCAACUUCCAAAGCUUCCAAGAAGGUAAGCAGCUUUUAAACCAGAUCCCAAACAACAGGCUAUUGACCACCAAAGUUGGCCUCUGUUCCAUCCUAAAGAGCUACCAGCAGGCUGUAGCCAAAUAUGGAUCCAUUGUGCACCCAAAGAUCUUGAAGAUGGAAGAUUUUUUUCCUGAAACAUAUCGCAUGGAUGUGAAAAGUGAACGUUUGGCUUUCUUUGAAAUUAUGGGAGAUGCAUCCAUUUGGAUUUCAAAACCUGGCGGAUCAAACCUGGGUCGAGGAAUCUUCCUUCUGAAGAGUCAUGCUGACUUGUUGGACUUUCGUAAGAAGGUGGAAAGCCUGGAGCAGAAUGGUCACAACAAGACGACCUACUGUAGUCUACCCUUCAACAGAAUUGUGCAAAGGUACGUGAAGAGACCUCUGCUGCUGGAAGGGCGGAAGUUUGAUAUUCGCUCCUACUUCCUGAUCGCCUGCACUUCCCCCUACAUGGUCUUCUUCUGUCACGGUUACGUGAAGUUGUCCUGUAACAAAUACGACCCCUACUCCGAUGAUCUGACAAGUCACCUGACCAACCAGGCCAUCCAGAAAAAGCAUGCCAGGUACAGUGAGAUGAAGGAGGACACAGUCUGGUCCAUGGAACACCUGAACACCUACAUAAAUGAGAACUACAUGGAAGCAAGGUGUCUACCGAAGAACUGGGUCUUCACUGUCUUUGCAAAGAGAAUGCAGCAAAUCAUCAUGCAGUGUUUCUCUGCUGCCAAGGGGAAAUUGGAAUGCAAACUGGGCUACUUCGACCUACUGGGCUGCGACUUUAUCAUUGAUUACAACUUCAAGGUGUGGUUGUUGGAGGUGAAUGCGAACCCAUCUCUCCAGAGACACUGUGCCGUUCUCAGAGUAGUCAUCCCUGAAGUGGUCUACGAAGCACUAGAGUUAGUGCUUGAGAUAUUCAGGAAAUCCAGCAGAGGAUUGGAUGUCGUGCCCCUCCAGUCGCAGAAAGAGUUUGUCUUGUUGUUCAACGGUAGUCGUCAGGGAAGGCUUCCGAGGGCCUUGCGGGGAGGCGCGGAAAGAAACGCGUCCCUCGCUGGCCUCAAGCAGCCCCCGUAUUUCAUGAAACAAGCUGCAAACAAGCCCAUGAGGAAGCUGCCUCCUUCGUCAGACUCCGUGGACGCUCCAGCAAAGGUACUGCGGAGCACAGUGUCUCUGCUCUCCUACAACAAGCUACCAGCCAUCCAUCUCACUCCCAGCCUCUGCACCGUCAGAACCAGCCAUCAAACUGAAGCCUCUGCACACACUCAGGACCAGCUCAGAGCCAGCAAAGAUUUGGAAUCAUUUAAAACAAUGGCAUGUGCCGGACAAUUAAAACCUCUAUGCACUAAAACCCCUCUCAUCAACUCACAGCAUUACCCUCGACUGCAGGGCAAUACCUUCAUGAUCAAUAGUGCCUUCCAACCAGCCCACAUCAGUAAGAUGACAGCAAGACCACCCGAGAUAAAGGCAAGGCCCAAGGAGAAGCAAACUCCUUCGGGAGAACCAGCUUAA